GACGCACGGCGCAGGUGGGCACCCGCCAAACCGGUGGGUUUGUCUGUAAUUGAAAUUCCCAGCACUCAUCCUGAACAUGGAGAAAUCCAAGAACUUCCGAAUUGACGCCCUGUUGGCUGAUGACAACAGUAGGGCGGUCAGAGAUCUGUCCCCUCCGAGCAGCGACAGCCCCGCCGGCAGCCCCGCGCACUGCCGGCGCGCCGACACACCGCCAACGCGGGGCGCACAGCUUCAGCCCGGGAUCAUAGCCAAACCGGGUGUGCUGAACAUCCCGCAUCCAGGACUGUCGGCGCUGUCGCAAGGAGCCCUUCCCGGUAUGUACCCGCCCCCCGUGUACCCGUUAUCGGCUCUGGGCGGCCAGCACCCGGCCUACGCCUACAGCGGCUUCGCACAGCUCACACAGACCUACCCGGAGCACCUGAAGGCGGCUGCCAUGGCGGGUUCGAUCCCCCUGGAGCACUGGAUCCGGGCUGGGAUCAUGAUGCCCCGACUGCCAGAUUACAGUUCGGGCCCUCAGCCUGGUCUGUUGGGAAAAUGCCGGAGGCCGAGGACCGCCUUCACCAGUCAGCAGCUCCUGGAGCUGGAGAACCAGUUCAAACUCAACAAGUACCUAUCCCGACCCAAACGCUUUGAAGUGGCAACAUCACUCAUGCUGACUGAAACACAGGUCAAAAUCUGGUUCCAAAAUCGCAGAAUGAAGUGGAAGCGCAGUCGUAAGGUGAAGGAGCAGGCCACAGCCUCCCAGUCUGAGCCAGAGCGACUACGGACCGGGGCCAAAACAACCGCUGACAAAUGUGAUGAGAGAAAACAGGCUGGGAAUCCCAGCGACAGAGGGAUGGGUCUUCAUUUAGAUGAUGGAGAAGAGGAGGAAGAGGAGGAGGAGGAGGAGGAGGAGGAGGAAUCCCAGCACAGUUUUUCUGUGUCACUGGGUAAAAGUGUUGGAUUGCCACGGCCCACAGACUUCUUGCAGCACUGCACUGACAUGGGCUACGAUCCUCACAGCCCCUUCUCUGAUGAGGAGGUGGAGGGGGUGCAAGCUGGAGGAGACCAGAAGAUCGGAGCGGGACUGUGAGGGAAAACGGUGCCUCGGCAAAACCUACUGUGUAGGACAGUGAGAGUGUGUGGUCUCUGGAAAAGACUCGUCUUUGACACACUGAUCUGCUGCUGAGUGACUGUUUAUGUGAGCGUCACAACACAGCUGCAGCUUUUACACGUGCUGGAAUCAGCAGAUGUUCAUGGAGCUCCAUAUCUCACAUAAAUGUAUCAGCUGAAAGAAAAUAUCAGUAUUGAACAUUUAUAGCAUGCAAAAAAACAAACAAACAAAAAAGAUCAGCAGCAGCUGUGGGCGUAGGUUACACAGUACAUUUUGCAGUGUUAAAUCUUCUCCUUCAGAGUAAAUUGUAACACUGCAAGCAUGUGUUAUUUGUUCCAUUUGAAUAAACUGUUAAAUUAUCUCUCUUUAGAGUAAAACAUUAACACAGGAUAUUGUUAAAAUGUAAUUCUGCAUGUUUGGCAAGAUUCCAAUCUGUGGUGUUGAUAAUUUACACUUUUAUUUUGAAAAGUUUUUUUUUAACCAACACACAUAAUCUGCUGUAACUCUGAAAGAGUCAGCGGCAUUUGACACUUUUUUUUAACACUGUAGAUUGUACUGUGUACUGAUAACUGCACUACUAAUGACUGUAUUUUGUGAAUCGGGUAUCAACCAGACCAGAUGUGAUUGAUCCAAAUUGUGUCCAUAAGUCAAAGUGAAGUCAUUUUAAUAGGAAACUGGUGCUAGAAUCUGCAAGAGCCUUUUCAAAGUUAAAAGGCGACAUAUUAACCCUAAGAUCAUACAGAAAGAAUACAGGCUGUUAAACGCACAGAGGUAUGAAGGUUUUUGAAGCUACGAUAAAGUUCUUUGAAUCAGCCGAUACUUUGAGUCUGAACGUCAUAAAGGUCAGGAGAGGAAAAAA